GGAAAAUUUUUAGCAUAAAAAAAAUUCUCGCGUCUCUCUAAGCAACAACAACUUCACUUACAGUGAUAACACCGGAAUUUCACCAUUCAAUCCGAAGAACAAAAUCCAUUUGAUUUCUGAGCUUAAAAUGAAUCGGGAACGCAUUUUCUGUUUCUGAGAAACUAGAAAAGGAAAAGGGGAGGAAACAGAAGAAAACACUAUGCAGGGGCUUAAUCUUCAAAGUACACCAUCCAUUUCGAGAGAGAAGCCUCCCUUAUUGGGUUUGGUUGACUCAUUGCCAUGUUUUGCUAGCAUAUCUAGAAAACCCGUUUCUCCUUCAAUAAGGUACAGAGAGAUCUCAAGGUUGAAGUCUUCUUUUGGUGAACUAAGGCUGCAAGCAACAAAUGUUAGCAUUGGAUCUGGAGCCUAUGAAAGUGGGGAAGAGCAAGACAACCAGAAAAGUUUUGUUAGCGGACCAUCCAGUGACAGCUCAUCAGAGAUUGUGAAACCUCCCAGCAAACUUCCUUAUCCUUUGUCUAUAGCUAUUGUGCUAUUUGGAUGUGCUUUAGUAUUUUCACUGAUUGCCUUUGUGAAAGGUGGCCCAUCAUCAAUUGUUGCAGCUUUUGCAAAGUCAGGAUUAACUGCUGCAUUCAUGUUAAUAUUUGUUUCUGAAAUUGGGGACAAGACAUUUUUUAUUGCUGCACUAUUGGCCAUGCAAUAUAAGAAAGGAUUGGUUCUUCUUGGAUCAAUGGGUGCACUUUCACUCAUGACAAUCUUGUCAGUCGUAAUUGGGCGCAUAUUUCACUCAGUUCCUGCUCAGUUCCAAACAACCCUUCCAAUUGGAGAAUAUGCAGCAGUAACUCUCUUGAUGUUCUUUGGGAUCAAGUCAAUAAAAGAUGCGUGGGAUCUUCCAUCAAACAAAGUUAAAAGUGGUGACCAGAGCAGCCCCGAACUUGAUGAAUAUGCUGAAGCUGAAGAACUUGUGAAAGAGAAGGUCUCAAAAAGGCUCACAAAUCCAUUUGAGAUUGUCUGGAAGUCUUUUAGUCUCGUGUUCUUCGCUGAAUGGGGAGAUCGCUCAAUGCUUGCAACAAUUGCUCUUGGUGCUGCACAGUCUCCAUGGGGCGUCGCAACUGGAGCCAUUGCUGGACACCUGGUUGCAACAUCUAUCGCUAUUCUGGGAGGAGCUUUUCUUGCCAAAUACAUUUCAGAAAAAGCGGUUGGCUACUUGGGCGGCGUUCUGUUUCUUGUUUUUGCUGUUGCCACAUUUUUUGGAGUCUUCUAAUAAAUCCAUCGCAAGUUUAGAGAGAGAGAGAUAGAGAGAGAGUAUAGUGCCACCGAAGCACUGCACCUGAGACUAUCGGAUUUCAUUGGUUAGUAGAGAACAAAGUAGACAGAAAGUAGCAUGAGAUACAUCAUGGAUAUAGCCGUUACAGAUACUUCAUAAAGUCCUCAAGUUAGCAUCACUGUAAGCUAUUUUGUAUUGAACUAUUUGUAGGAUUAUUAUCUUAGAUAAAAUUUUGGUGGAGAGAUGGCUAUGUACAUGCUAAAAUUCUCAAAUGCUGAAAUAAACAAGGUCUUGGUGUUA